AAUUAUGGUGGAUUAAACGAAGAAGGUGACAAGCGAGCAGCGGUUUUUUUUUUCGUUCGUGCAGUACCUGUUAUGUGAUACUUCGAACAUUCCAUUUAUUUCGGCACCUCUUCCCCCGAUAUCGCAACAACCCGAUUGGUUGGAGUUUUACAGGCGGCUGGCUAUUGCCCAACACCAACGCUAAUGGUGUUCCGCAACGGCAUCCAAAAACGACCGACUGCUGCAAAGCGACACUCCUUCCGUAAAAUAUCACACUCUUUCCAUCCCACCAUGACAUUCACGCAGCCGUCGAUACCGACCUGUUUGGCUCAUCUGAUCCUAGCCGGCGUCACCGGAUGGUCCCUGAAACAUCUUCCCACCGGUUUUGAGCAUAGCCGUUCCGCCAGUAGCGAUGACCCAGUACCCCUCAUGCUGAUUCUGCUGGUCUUCCUGCUCGGUCAUAGCUUGCUGGGAAUCUUCCGCCACAGUCAUCCGGAACCGCAAAAGAACCUGCGUAAAUUGUACGAUCUAUCCGUUCUUUUGGCAAUGGUUCUUCCGCUUCCACUCCUGAACACACAACUCUACCUCAAAUAUGAACUAGGCGAUGGAUCACACCUGACACCCUGUAGUUACCUGUUGAUCAGCGUACUAGUUCCAUUCCUAGCCGGGUGCUUCUAUUCGGAACUAAGCCAACGACACAAAGGCGAAUACGUAGUGACCUCGGUAGCCAUCAUCAAUUUAACCAUACUAACGUGGAUCUCAUUUUGCAACGAAAAUUUCUGGGGCAUCGGUCUAGCUAUGUCCUACGGCAUGAAACAUUUCGCCCUACCCCGACUGGCCGAUCUGUACAGUGUACCGUUCGUCGAUCUCUACACCUAUGGCCUAGGAUUCUUCGAGAUCUUUGCCGUCAACGUUGUAAUCGAUGCCGAUCUAUACCGAACCGAGCUGGUCGUUCAGUGAUGGAAACCUACUGCAACAAAUACGAUAAAGUUAGCCUUAGACGAUUGAACUGCUUAUUCCAGGAACUUUUACACUAGGACUACGUAAGAGAAUAUUUUGUUAUAUUAUAUAUUUUUUAUAGAUAUACAUGAUUAUUGUCGUUUAGAAGGUUGCUAAAUAGCUUGAUACCAAUUUUUUCACUUUAUAGCUACUUACCAUUACUAAAUAGCGUGUUACUGUUUGUAGGAGAUUAUACAUGUACAAACGUGAAACCGAAACAAAUCCAGUAAAAAUAGUAAACGAAGGUCUAUUCAUAUACAAUGUUUACAACAUAGCGAAAAGUCAUAUCUAUUAGCGUAUUUUUUGCAAGUUAGUAUAUAUUGCACAAUGUCUAUAA